UCUCAUUCCUGGUGGUCACCAUAGAUACCGAGUCCCUAGGUUGCCGUGGGGUGCUGGAUUUAUUGGAUGCAUGCAGGGAACUACUGUAGGCAUGAUGACUGACUGGUGUCCGCCAGGAAGUGCCUAGAAGGUUUGUAUUGUAUGCUAGGGAAGGAUGCUCCCACCCGACUGUGAUGAAGGACAUGUGUGCAGAUUGUGGGGCCAAUCUCAGAGUGGAGAACUCAAUGUCAGGUGACAGAAAGGAGCAGGUCAGUGCCUCCGUUGCCAUGGUGCACAGCAUUCCUGAGCUGGUCGUCAGUGAACAGCAAGCGAAGGAGAUUGGGAAGGCUGAUGAAGAGCGGCACGUAAAGACCAGGAAGCUAGUUCUGCUCAUGGACCUCGAUCAAGCCCUUGUGCACACCACAAACAACAACAUUCCACCAAAUCUCAAGGAUGUAGAGCAUUUCCAACUCCCUCACGGCAACAGGAUGCUGUGGUACCACACAAGGCUGCGGCCCGGCAUCAAAGAGUUCCUGAAGAGAAUAUCUAAGCUGUACGAACUUCACAUCGGCACGUUUGGCGUGAGACUGUACGUGCACACGAUCGCUAUGAUUCUUGACCCCAGUCGGAGUCUGUUCUCCCAUCGUAUUUUGUCCAGGGACGAGAGCAAACCGCCAAUUUGAAACCUUCCUGAGAGUGAUUCUGACUACUGGUGAGUCACUAAAUUCCCUGCAUUCCACAACACCGGUGUGCUCCGCUGACACAUGGAAAUUGAUGAAAUUUGGUGACAUUUUUUAUGUGGUGAAAAAAUGUCGUAAGGUAAUCCUUCCC